GGACGAUGGUGAGACGCUGGACGCUUCCGGCGGCGGAGGCGGCCGCGGCCCGGGCUGUGUAGGUGGGUGGAGAAGCCUCUCCGUCUCAGGUCUUCGAGUGCUUCGGAGCCGGCUCCGUGUGGUGUGCGGAGGAGGCGUAGGCCCGGCGGCGUGGAGGUGCACUGCAUGGUUCCUUGUCUCCACGGUGGCCUUACAGCUGAAACAUGGCUACGGAUUGGCUGGGCAGUAUUGUGUCCAUCAACUGUGGAGAUAGCUUGGGUGUCUAUCAGGGAAGAGUAUCAGCAGUUGAUCAGGUCAGCCAGACCAUUUCUCUUACCCGGCCUUUCCACAAUGGAGUGAAGUGCCUUGUGCCAGAAGUCACCUUCAGGGCAGGUGACAUUACGGAACUAAAAAUUCUGGAGAUACCAGGUCCUGGAGAAAACCAACAUUUUGGAGACCUUCAUCAGGCAGAAUUAGGCCCCUCUGGUGUUGGGUGCCAAGUAGGUAUUGGUCAGAAUGGCAUGGGCAAGUUGGUUAAAAAGCCAGCCUCUUCCAGCAGUGCCCCUCAGAACAUCCCUAAGAGGACAGAUGUCAAGAGCCAAGAUGUUGCCGUUUCUCCCCAGCAGCAGCAGUGCUCAAAGAGCUAUGUGGAUAGGCACAUGGAGUCCUUGAGUCAGUCCAAAAGCUUCCGGCGUCGGCACAACUCUUGGUCAUCUAGUAGCAGGCACCCAAAUCAGGCAACUCCAAAGAAAAGUGGCUUAAAGAAUGGCCAAAUGAAGAAUAAAGAUGAUGAGUGCUUUGGGGAUGAUAUUGAGGAGAUCCCAGACACAGAUUUUGAUUUUGAAGGGAACUUGGCCCUUUUUGACAAGGCAGCUGUGUUUGAGGAGAUUGAUACCUAUGAGAGGAGGAGUGGUAGCCGUUCCCGGGGCAUCCCAAAUGAGAGACCUACUCGGUACCGCCAUGAUGAGAACAUCCUGGAGUCAGAGCCCAUUGUCUACCGACGGAUCACAGUGCCCCACAAUGUAAGCAAGGAGUUCUGCACAGACUCUGGCCUGGUUGUCCCAAGUGUUUCCUAUGAGUUGCAUAAAAAGCUGUUGUCUGUGGCUGAGAAACAUGGCUUGACCCUGGAACGGAGACUGGAGAUGACAGGUGUGUGUGCCAGCCAGAUGGCACUGACCCUGCUUGGAGGACCCAACAGAUUGAAUCCCAAAAAUGUUCACCAGAGGCCUACAGUGGCCCUGCUAUGUGGGCCCCAUGUGAAGGGGGCUCAGGGUAUCAGCUGUGGAAGGCAUCUAGCUAACCAUGAUGUCCAGGUCAUCCUCUUCCUUCCCAACUUCAUGAAGAUGCUGGAAUCCAUCACCAACGAGCUGUCUCUCUUCAGCAAGACCCAAGGCCAACAAGUAUCUAGCCUCAAAGAUCUGCCCACUAGCCCUGUGGACCUGGUGAUAAACUGCCUGGAUUGCCCCGAGAAUGCCUUCCUGCGGGAUCAGCCCUGGUACAAGGCAGCUGUGGCCUGGGCCAACCAGAACCGAGCGCCAGUACUCAGCAUAGACCCUCCUGUGCAUGAAGUUGAACAGGGCAUCGAUGCCAAGUGGUCGCUGGCUCUGGGCCUGCCUCUGCCUUUAGGGGAGCACGCCGGCCGCAUCUAUCUGUGCGACAUCGGCAUUCCCCAGCAGGUGUUCCAGGAGGUGGGCAUCAACUACCACUCGCCCUUUGGCUGCAAGUUUGUCAUCCCACUGCACUCCGCCUAGAAGGGCUCUAGGCAGGCUGGACCCUGCGGUCCCCCGCUGCUCCUGAUACUGAACUUGACAACGAACGCCUUAAGGAUGUGAAACUUCAUGGACCUUGUUCAAUUUUUUCUUUUGCAUUUGUUUCUUUGAGAGAACAGAUGGUAUUUAAAACUGACCUGUCACCUGCCCUUAGCCAGGGAAGGCCUCCCCACUGGGUGUGCGGGGCAGGUGGCAGGCUGAGUGGAUGGUGGGUCCAGGGAUCCAUACACUCAGCCCCCCGUGUGGUCAGAUGGGGCUUUGUUUACAGACAUAGGCAGCUCACAGACUGUGUUUCAGGUUUACAGCCACUGGACCUGGACGAGCGCCUCAUGGGGUGGGGCAGUUCUGUUUAGGGGCCUGUGCUUGCUCUGUUUCAGAGCUUGUGGCUUUGUCUGCCCGGCUUCCUCCCCCCAAGCAGCCCUUACCGAUCAUGUAGAACUGGCUGUGCUGCAGUUGCCCACUAGAGGGCAGACUUGCGUCCUCCAUGUAAUCUGAGGGCUUUGAGGUCUUCUCUGGGCCCCACCUUAAGUUGAUUUGGGGGCUUUUGACCCUUUCUCCUGAGCUGAUCUAAGUUUUAUGCUGGAGUUUUGUUUUGUUUUGUUUUAUUUUUCUAAGAUUCCUUCCUCCUUCCCACUCCAUCACUCUGAGAGGCAGAGAAGUGGGGGUGGCAUCAGAAUUGUUUUACUAUAUUGGAAGUUUUUACUGUUUUUCUGUUGUCUUCAGUACAGGUAGUAUAAGGUUAUGUUACUAGAGAACCACAGUGCCCAUCUUGCCAGCAGUGCCCCCCCCGCCCCAAACCCAUACUCUCUAGCUGGGGGCUGAGCCUUUGCCUAGUCUGGGGCCAGACCCCUCAGGGUGCAGCUUUAAUGUUUAGUACUGGGGAGGCCCCAGGGGGAGCCUGGUGCUGAGCCAGAAGAGGCUCCCUGGUGCUUCUGUCCUAGGCCACCACUCCCCUCCCCUCCCUGCCUGCACACACACAUACCCGUCUUCUCUUCUGCCCCCUCUGCCCUUCCUCUGCAGUGGUCCUCUGCAGCUGUGAUCCCAGAGCAGGGUGCUUGUCUCUCCCCUCUGGGCUCCACUCCAGCUUUUACAGUGUCUGGGCCUUGAACCCUCUUUGUCCUUUCUAGAUGAGUAGGCUCAGGGCCAGCGCCCUGUCUCAAAGAUGCCAAAAUGAGGCUAGUUCUAGAUGAGCUAGCUGGGGGGUGCUCAGCCUAAAGAACAUUGUGCUGCUCAGAUCCUAUGCACUGAGCCUGUGGACAUUCACAGGCCUAGGCCCUGGAGGCUGGCACGACAGGAGCCAUGCCCCGAAGUUUCUGGGAGAGGCUUUUGCAAAUGGCUUAUGCUUUAAAGCCUCUUUCAGGGCUUCAGGCUUCUGCUCUGUGCCCACCCACUCUGGUUAAGGGGGUGAGUAAAAGGGCUUGGCAAGGAUUGUGGACACAGGGUAGGCCCUGGCACGAUGGGUUUCAGGCUACUUUCACUUUCUUAUAGGAGCAUAGCCAGGAGCAGAUGAGGCAGGGCAGAGGGCUGGUCCCUCCUUUCCUCCCAUCCUCCCUCAAAUGCUGAAUUGUCUCUAGCAGUGGAAGGUCAGCGACUGUGAAUCCCGUGCUGUGUAUCCUUCCUGAGCCUCUGCUUACUCUCAGGGCCAAGAAGCUCCCCACAUGGGGCCCUCUCUUUAUAGAAGCAGGGCUGUAAACUGAGGAGCAGUGCAAGAUUACAGGCAUUUUGGUAAGCAGUCGUUAACCCGGCCCUGGCUUCCGGUUAAUGCAGGUAGGUCCCCUGAUUGGGUGCAGUGAAAAAGAGCUAGAAGAACCCUGGCCCAGAAGACUCUGCUUGCUCCAGUAAGUCACAGUGGCCCUGGGGUGCUGGCCUUGUGUUGAGGAGCCACAGGGAAUUGUUAGUGGCCAAGGCUUUCCCUCUUUUCUCCCCAGGCAGCAUUGGAGCCUCUCCCCUACCCCGGCCUGGGCCUUCCCCAGUGGUGUUAGAGAAAAGCAUGUUCCUCUGUUGUCAGCUCUUUUCAGGGGCAUCCUGCCCACGAUGCUCAGUCCUCAGUCAGGUGGCUGAGACCAUCACUCAUGCAGCUCCUGGGGAACCAAAAACCAGCACUAAAAUAAAGCUGAGUGACUGAG